AUGGCGCCCCAAUGCACGUGCCGCAGCAACCAGAUUGUUGCCAAAUGGUUUCAUGAUGAUAGCAGCACGCGGCUCCUGACAGAGGACCAAUGCGCAGCCGACCUGGCCCCGUCCUGUCCCGAGGGCUUGGUGAGGGACGUCCACCAAUUCCUCCAGGACUGGGGUUACAUAAACUUCGGGGCGCUGAAGCCGCCCCAGGGCCCCGCCGACGGCGCCGGGGCCGCGGCCGAUGGCGCCGCCGCAGCCGCCGAGGAGAAGCAGGUCGCGGCGGAGGCCGCCACCGAGGCCCCCGCGCCGGCUGCGGCGGAUGUGGCGGCGCAGCAGCCGGGCGCGGCCGGGGCGGUGGAUGGCGCCGCGGGCGAGGGCGCCGGCGAGGGCACGGGUGCCGCGGCGGCCGGCGGGGCGCCGGACGAGCGGGCGCUGGUGUUCAAGCUGUAUGAGGUGCUGCGGGGCGCUGACAUGGCGGUGACCACCGAGAAGAUGAUCCGCGCCCAGCUGGCGGCGAGCUUUGGGGGGCUGGACCUGUCGGACAAGAAGGCGCUCAUAAAGGACCACGUGCGCUACUUCAUAGACAACCUUGAGCGCAGGGAGACCCUGGAGCCCAAGGGGUAUGAGACCAAGAAGGAGGAGACGGGCCGCAGGGCCAAGGGCGGCGCCAAGGCGGGGGACAAGGAGGCGCAGCAGCAGAAGCCGCCGCAGCGGCCGCGGCGGCGGCCGCCGGCGGGGCGGGUCGUGGUCGUCGGCGCGGGGCCGUCGGGGCUGGCGGCGGCGAGCAUGCUGCAGCGCAACGGCGUGGAUGUCGUGGUUCUGGAGGCGCGGGACCGCGUGGGCGGCCGUGUGCACUCGCACGUGGGGCCGUUCGGCGCGCCAGUGGACCUGGGUGCCAGCCUCAUUACAGGCACGCGCCCCGAGCCCGUCGGCAGCCGGCGCCCCGAUCCCUCCGCCAUCGUAUGCAGGCAGCUGGGCAUACAGCUGCACCCCCUGGAGAGCGAACUCCCGCUCUUUGACUGGCGCGGCGGCGGCGGCGGCGGCGAGGGGGAGGGGGAGGGGCAGGGCGCGCGCAAGGUGCCAGAGGAUCUGGACAAGGCGGUGGACAAGUGA